CAGAGUUUCAGACAGCUUUUCUUUCUUCCGUUUGAAGUAGUUCUUCAGAUUUCAACUCUUCGUCUUCUUUUUGAAGUAAUUCGUAUUUCAACUCUACUUCUUCUUGUUCCCGGCAUUUGCUUCUCCGGUUUUGGGUCUGACCCGAAUCUGAAUCAUGCAAUCUUCUACAGAUCUCUUCACCGAAUUCAAUUACAAACGAUACGGCCUCCAACCAAAGAGAGACAAUGAUGAUGAUCCACCCCAUGCGGUUCCGGAUCAUUAUGAACCCAUUAUCGCUCGCUCCAGCUCCUUCCACUCUCCGUCCACCUCUCCAACUUCGAGAAGCCAUCAGUCCUCUCCAAAUCAUUCCCCCAGACUUGGACCCAGUCGGCUCUCGAGCUUCCACAGAUCCCAUUCUUCAUUCUCCUCUUCGCCUUUCAAAUGGAAUUCAUGGUAUCGCACGAAACGAGUGAAAGGGCUUCUGUUGCUUAUUGGGCUGCUGGGUUCCUUCUUCUUGGUAAAUUGGAUUCUGCUUACGCGUCUGCAAGAUGAAGCGGUGCAUCCUAUCACUGAGUUAUCGAGAAAUUCAUCUGCUGAUUUAGUUUCGGUUUCGGUUCAGGGGAAAUGGAAAAAAACUAGAAAAGGGAAAAAGCCACCGAAGGGAAAUUAUGAAAGAUUGUUGGCUUUGGCUGCCCAUGCUUUGGCAGAGAAUAAACGUGAGCCUAAAGAUUUGUGGCAGGAGCCUUUUGCUCCUGCUUCUGCCUGGAGACCUUGCGCUGAUCAGCGUAAUUGGAAACCUAGUGAGGGAAAUAAUGGAUACAUUUUGAUGACUGCAAAUGGUGGAAUAAAUCAACAACGAGUAGCUGUUUGCAAUGCGGUGGUUGUGGCACGAUUACUUAAUUCAACUUUGGUUAUUCCCAAAUUUAUGUUUAGUAGUGUAUGGAGAGAUGUAAGUCAAUUCAGUGACAUCUAUCAGGAGGAGCAUUUUAUAGAAUACUUAACAUCUGAUAUAAGGAUAGUGAAGGAACUUCCUGAGGAAUUGCGGUCUUUAGACUUGGAGGCAAUUGGUAGUGUUGUAUCAGAUGUUGACAUGGGAAAAGAGGCCAAGACAAGUUUUUACUUGAAGCACAUUCUACCUAUUCUCCUUAAAAAUCAAGUUGUUCAUUUUGUUGGUUUUGGGAAUCGCUUAGCAUUUGACCCAAUACCAUUUGAGCUGCAGAGACUUCGUUGCAGAUGUAAUUUUUAUGCACUGCGAUUUGUCCCCAGAAUACAAGAAACUGGUGCUUUGCUUCUUAAAAGGCUGCGCCAGCAUACUGGUCACAUUGGACUGUUGGAUCCAUAUCUCAUUGGUCCAUUUGCGGCAUCAAUUUUGGAGGGAAGAGGAAAUCAUUCCAAAAAGGCAUCUAAAUAUCUAUCUUUGCAUCUCAGAUUUGAAAUUGACAUGGUAGCUCAUUCUUUGUGUGAAUUCGGGGGAGGUGAAGGUGAGAGGAAAGAAUUGGCAGCUUAUCGUGAAAUCCAUUUCCCUGCAUUGGCACAUCUAGAGAAGACCACAAAAUUGCCCUCUCCUUCAGAGAUAAGGUCUGAAGGUCUGUGCCCCUUGACACCCGAAGAGGCUGUCCUUAUGCUUGCUGCUCUGGGUUUUAACCGGAAGACUCAUAUAUUUGUAGCUGGUUCUAAUUUGUAUGGAGGUCAAUCACGGUUGACUGCACUGACCAGCUUGUACCCUAAUUUAGUGACUAAAGAGAACUUGCUCUCUUCAACUGAACUGGAACCGUUUGCAAAUUAUUCAUCUCAGCUAGCAGCACUGGACUUCAUAGGCUGUACUGCUGCUGAUGCAUUUGCCAUGACCGAUUCUGGAAGUCAGUUAUCGUCUUUGGUGUCUGGUUAUCGUAUAUAUUACGGUGGAGGCAAAAUGCCAACAAUACGACCAAAUAAACGCAGGCUUGCUAGUAUCUUUACCAAGAACUCAACCAUAGAAUGGCGUGUGUUUGAACAGAGAGUUAGGAAAGCUGUUAGACAGACCAAACAUGUACAGACAAGGCCCAAGGGAAGAAGUAUCUACAGGUAUCCACGGUGUAGAGAAUGUAUGUGCAGGAUAGAAUAAUGUAUUCUUUUGUACUUUAUUAGGCUUGCAAGUGCCCAUUGCAUUUUGUAACAUUAUUUAUUGCCCCCAGUCAAUUUUUUGGUAUCUGCCGUUGCGUU